AUGCCUGACCCUGUAUCUUGCGCAAGCUGUGGCAAGCCAGCAACGACAAGAUGCUCCGGUUGUUUGAACGCACCAGAGCAUCAACCUGACGAUGCGCCAGUGACCGCCUACUGUGAUUCCAAAUGUCAACACCAGCAAUGGCCGGCACACAAAGCGCAGUGUCGCAUAUUGAUGAAGCGAAAAACGCUUCUAAGGAUUGCGGAACUGCUAAAGACCGCCUUGUUCGCUUAUCGUGAAUGCGUAUAUGACAUGCCUCUGACCGGGGUCAAGUAUGAGGAAGGUAUCCUCCGCUUACUGAUGGAUCCAAGGAAGAUCCCAUACCGUCCCUGGCAGAUACCCUUUCCAAGCGACCUGAGCAUUAGUCCUCAGCAUAAAGAAGCAGUUCUAGCAACCAACCAAUGCACAACUGCCCAAUGCCUUCUCGGCCCCUUGGCUCGCUAUCUUCUCGGAGGAAUCAAAUCAAUAUUCAAGGUUGUCGAAGUACAUGCCGAGCCAGUCGUUCCGUGGAAAGUCGUAUGGUUGAACGGUUCUAAGGACGAAUCGCGAACCGUCGCCUGUACCGCCGUGACGCACACCAUCCUGCUCGUCUGGGCAAGCGGCGAGGGAUGGGUCGUGGAUAUAACGGGAUGCCAAUUCGGCUUCCGGGACAUCCUCGUCCCGCUGGACAGUUACUUCAAGAAGAGGGUGAAGAGCCUCGUCCGCGGACCAUUCGCGUACACCGAGCACGAAACCAGCGACCUCGACGUCUUCGACUCCAAACUGGCUCUUAACGAUACCGAUACGAAGCGUCUAAAAGCCGCACACGAGCGAGCGGGCCGCUUGCAUUUUGCAAAGUUUGUCCAGGAACGUUUCGACCGCUACGAGUCCCCACGUCCGUCGGAAGAGCUCCUCAGUGGUACCCCGGAGGAGUUCCAGGUUAAGCUUGCUCAGUUCGAGAGCGGCUUGAAAGUACACAUGGCGAGUUUUGUGGACUUUGCUUUUGGAAAGGAACGUUUAAAUUAG